UGCACAUGAAUGGAAUGAGAGCUUAUUGGAAUUGGUUGCAAUUGGUUGAGGUCCUAACUUAAUGGUCAAAACAUGACACAAGUAUUACAUUAACGGGUACAAAUUUCACACAAAAGCUUGGUCUCAGGGUAAGAAAACCAUAAAUAGUGGAGUUUAUGUGAAAGGGGUUACUGGAGGAGGGGAAGAUGAUUUCUAUGGAGUCAUCCAACAUAUCUUCGAGUUGGAGUAUUACAAAUUGCCUCACAAGAUAGCCUUGUUUUAUUGCCAAUGGUUUGAUCCUAGACGAAAUAGAGGAACCAAAUUUCAUUCGCAGUAUGAUAUUGUAGAUAUCAAGAUGAAUCGGAAAUAUGAUCUCUAUGAUCCCUUCAUAAUUGCACAAAAAGCUAGACAAGUGUAUUAUGUACCUUAUCCUAAAAUGCGAAUUGAUAAGCGUCAUUGGUCUGCCGUUAUCAAAACAAAGCCUAUGGGUCAUGUAGAGAUGGACGGAGUCGAUGAGGACAUGCCAUAUCAAGAUGAAGAUAUGGCACAUGUUGAACAAUUAACUGAAAUGGAAGAAAUGGUUGGCUUGCACGAUGAAACACAUAGCGAUGAAGAAGUCAAUGAAACGUUUGUUCCAAAUAUUCCAAUUGAUAAUGAUGGUGAUAUGGACGAUGAAGAUGGGGAUGAUUCUUCAAUUGACGUUUGAAUUUUUCAUGACUUCAAAAGAAAAGAUUAGACUCAAGCUUCCAUUCAAGAAAAAUCGCAUCAUUUUACCGCAUAAGGUAACUCAAGCAGCUCAGCAGGUACAAGCAACAGUUGAUCAAUUGCCACUAGAUGUCAAUGCCACUACACCAACCUCACACUAUGUGCAGCAUCCCACCCAACAACUUGUUCAACCUCCUACCCAACAAGCUGCAGUGCUUCCAAUCCAACCUAAUAAGGUGCAUGGUACUGAACCAAUUAUAGUGAUGAUGCCCACACCAAGUUUUGUCGCAUAAGGCAACAUUUUUCCGAUUGUUGAUCAUUCACCGUCACAACCAUUAACAUUUGUUGCCUCAUGACAUACUUCAAUUUCAGCUAACCCACCACCUUCAACACAUGUUGCUAUUGGUAAUAAGACUCAAGGGUCACGAUGCUCCAAUUCUAGUCAUGGGGUUGCGCCUGAUGGGAGAACAAUGAUAUGGCCGGAUGGUCGAGGGUGGUUAUCGUGUAGGGUGGCCUCGAGAGCCCUCACCUCAGUCAUUACAUCACAAUAUGUUGAUCCAUAUCCUAGCUGGGGAGCAAUCCCAAAAUUAACUUUGGAACGUUGGUUCGAUAAAUUUGGUGAAAAACUUGUUUGGUUGCCUGAGCACAAUUUUCAAAUUAAGAAUAUCUUCAAUACAAAAGGAUCAAUGCGUCUUUCUGAUAUGUUGAUGCAAGCGAGAAAGAAGCGGAAGUGUCCAACUUGGAUGGGAGAAACUGUUUGGAAUGAUCUUGAGAAGAUACAGAUGGAUCUGUCGUAUAAGGAGAUAUCAAAUCGAGCUAAGAAAAAUCGUGCUUCUUCUAAAGGAUGAGCUGUCCAUACAGGCUGAAGAGUUAGGUAGAGACCCCAUAUUGGAUGAGGUCUUUUUAAAAACUCACACUAACAAGAAGGAAAACUCUUGGGUUGAUGAAAGAGCAAAAAAAACAUAUGAAGCAUUUCAAGGUAAGUUGCAACAAGCCUCUAAAGGUGGGGAAUCAUCUAGUAGUUGUAGCCAAGUGGUUAAUGCGGAAACUCGCUUAGACAUGUGGGUCCAAUCUGUUGGGGGGAAGAAUAAAGGGAGGAUCUAUGGUACUAGAGAUAGAUCCUCGCUUUAUAGAACAAGUGUCACAAGUUUAGUUCCAGAUUCUCGUCCAUCUAGAGGUUGCGCCAAUUUCUUGUCUCAACAAUCUAAUGAGAUAGCUGCACAAAUAGCAGCAUUUGAGGAACGAGAAAAAGCGGCAGAACACGAGGCACGAGAGGUGCGAGAGGAGCUAAGGAAAGUUGAGCAACGUCGACAAGAGGAAGUUCAACAAACAGAGCAACACACUACAGAACUACAGAUGCAGCUAGCAACAUUGGCAAAAAGUGUUGCUUCCAUAUAGACUGAGUCAUCCCGUCGUCGUCGUCAUCCAAAUUAUGACGAGGAUGAGUGUAGCGAUGAUGACGGCGAGGAGUAAUACUGGUUUCAGUUUCGUAUAGUAAUUAUGACUACAUAUUUUGUUUAGACUUGUAGGCAUUAUCUAUAUAUAUUUCUACGAUAGUGUUGUUAUGUGUAUUUUGAAACUUAUGGCAGUAACAAUGUGCUUAUUUUGAGAAUCAUGGUAGUGUAAAUUGUCCUUAUUUUGAGACUUAUGGAAGUCAGAAUGUGUAUUUUGAAAACACUAUUUACAUAAUA